GUUUCGUCUGUUCUGAGAACCAUGGUUCUUUGCAACCCGUAGUUAAUUAGAGUUACUAUGAUGAUAUCAAGUAUGUCUGGACGUUGAAUUAAAGAUCUAGUCUACCAAUAACCCUAUUUAAAUACACACUCUAGAGUAGAAUGUGAAUAUACCAAAUAUUGUAUAGCUUUUUUUUUCAUUUUACAUUUUUGGUGACUUUUGAUAUAAAUUAUUUUAUGAGUGACAAUACUUCUUAACUUAUUCUAUUGUUUAUAUCAAUAGGCAUAUCUCGAUAAUAAUAACCAGAAAGUGAAAGGCGAAGUCGCCACUCGCCAGACCGCUCAGUGCCAGGCGACCUCCAGUCUCUAUUGAGAAGCUCAAGCUGCAGUUAUUUAAUGUACAGUAUACAACAGUAUAAAAACAGUACAGUAUAGUAUAAAAACAAUACUAAAGAUAGACCCUUUCCGAAAUGGUUCUAAAAUUAUAUGCCGUUUCUGAUGGCCCUCCAUCGCUCUCUGUGAGGCAAGCCCUUGUCGCGCUUGAAGUACCAUUUGAAUUGAUUAAUGUGGACUUCGGCGCUGGGGAGCAUAUGACAUCAGAUUAUGCCCUGAUGAAUCCACAAAAAGAAAUUCCUGUUCUUGACGAUGAUGGUUUCUAUUUGAGCGAAAGCAAUGCUAUCCUACAAUAUAUAUGUGAUAAGUAUCGUCCUGGCUCACCUUUGUACCCACAGGAUCCUAAGUCCAGAGCUAUCGUAAACCACCGUCUCUGUUUUAACUUAGCAAGCUAUUAUGCUAAUAUCUCAGCCUACACAAUGGCACCUAUAUUCUUUGACUACGAACGCACUCCACUGGGUCUCAAAAAAGUUCACAUCUCAUUAGAUGUUCUUGAGACUUACCUAACCAGAACAAACACAUCCUAUGCGGCGGCCAACCACCUGACUAUAGCUGAUUUCCCCUUGAUCAACUCUACUAUGACAUUAGAAGCUAUAGAUUUUGACUUUUCCAAAUACACGAAGAUACACAAAUGGUACAAUGAUUUUAAGGUGAAGUAUCCAGAUUUAUGGAAAAUUUCGGAAAGCGCCAUGAAAGAGAUCCAACAUUUUGCCGCUAACCCUCCAGACUUGACUCACCUCAACCAUCCUAUACACCCUAUCCGAAAAAUCAAAAAUUAAAUUGGAAUAUUUUUCAU